UCUGCUGGCUCAUUUCUCUCUUCCAUCAUCACUGCUCCACUGCCUCCACCUCCACUCCCCCAGUGUCUCAGCCCCGUGCUUCGCCUCUCUGCUUUUACUGUCUUGGGGGACGGCAGCCGGUCAUGAAGUCCUCGCUGGACGGGAGCGCUGACCAUCUGAAAUGCGUGGAGGCUCAGGAGAUCCCCCCUCUGAGGAACUUUCUCUGCCUCACCAUGUUCACCUGUUUCUGCCCUGCAUGGCCCAUCAAUAUUGUGGCGCUGGUUUUCUCUGUGCUGGCCCAAAAGAGCUAUGACGAGCAGGACUAUGCCGGCUCCAAGCGACUGGGUCGUAAAGCUCUCCACCUGGGGAUUGCUUCUUUUGUCAUUGGGCUUGUGAUCAUCACGGCAUGCACCGUGGUGCACUUUACCACGCAUUUGGUGUGAGGAGGUGGAAGUGGAGAAGAGUUGAUGGAGAGAUCAGCGCCACGGGAAGCAAAGCAGAAGCUCUGCUCCAGAGUCUCACUGUUGCUGCUGAAUACGUCUUUAUUUCACCUACUGUAUGAAUGAUUUUGGAAUAAAAGGGAAUGAAUGUAAUAACAUGCAAUAUUGUUAGAAGCAACAUUAGUAGAGUUUGAGUUUCAUGAUACCCACGCUGCUUCAACAACUGCCUCAGUUCAAACCCAUCGUUGACACCUGUUGCAGUUUAAUGAGUCUGCGGGAUCGUGUCCUCUGAUAUGUGAUAUCAACACUGUUACGAGGCUAAAAAUAAGAGCAUAUCAUCUUCAGGCUGUGAUCCAGCACAAUAAUUACAGAGAGAACUAGAAUUACCGCCUUGUGUUUGUUCGGCAAACACAAUCCAAGUCCGUCCAAGAGUGUCAUCACUUCAUCAUUUUAUCAUAUUAGACAUUAUACGUCAUAAUUAGCGUUUGAAUUCUUGAGUUAUGGCCAAAAACAUGUUUUGUGAGGUCACAGUGACCUUGACCUUUCACCACCAAAUCUAAUCAGUUCAUCCUUGAGUCCAAGUGGAUGUUUGUGCCAAAUCUGAAGAAAUUCCCUCCAGGUGUUCUUGAGAUAUUGUGUUGACGAGAAUACGGCCUGUCGACGGCACAGAGACAUAAUAAAAGUUUAAUCACCAAUAUAUCAAGAUGGAGGGUUUGUUUGAUCCCGUGAGCUCCUGGAUAGGUGCAGUAAAACCCAAAGAAUUGAGUGAGGAUGGGCUGGAAAUGUCAAGCGGAGAAACCUACCUGCCAAAUCAUCAACUUUCACCAAACGAGCAAAGCCUUCGUUGCUGAAGUGGCUGCUUGGAGCAACUCAAGAACUUGUUGAUGGAAACCAGCUGAAGAGGGAGGUCUUCUUAGCUUGGUUCGACCUUGUGGACCCCCGCUGAUUUGAGGUGUUAUGGCCCUACUUUACCUCCUAAUUGGCUCAGUCGGCCAUUAUCAUAUAUUGGUAAGCUGGAUCACCGCUGGGAGGUUCAAAAUUGGCUGGCAAAGUCUUGUGUCUGUAGAAAUUAUGCCGAGAGCAAAGGAGUAAACCACGUGUUUAAAACUGCAUCCGUUUCACAACGUGCAGUUUUCCCCAUAACAACUGAUAACGACCAUUUAAUGGGUUGAUAAUAUGUGUAAGAGGACUGGGAACAGAGAUGUGGAGACCCGAAAGAGUUUCAUUUAAAAUGUUGGACCCAGAGUUUUCCAAAGAUACCAAAUAUGUAAUUUGGGGAUAUCAGUAAUAUCGUGCACAAACAUCGGGUCUUUGAAUACUUCACUCAGCUUCAAUGAAGAGCUGGAACAAGCUGAUAGUGAAUAUAUUGGAUACUUGUAAUCUACUAAAGUGAAAAUAAAAGGGGAAAGUGGAUGCCAAGGGGUUAAGGUUGUCCAAAGUCAG